AUGCAUCGGCAGGCGCCAGAGGUGCCUACUAGUGUCAAGGAGCGCCAGCAAACUUCAGGGAACUGCAAAUCUUUUGGGGCUAAUUUCUUUAAGGCAACCUUCAGUUCGCGCAACAAGGCGGUAUCCCAUUCCACUUCUUCAAAGUCAGUUUCGGAAACUACAAAAAUAGGCGGCGCGGAGACAAAACCUGUAACUAGAAACAGACCAAGAACAGGAUGUUAUAGUGACAACAAAAUGUGUAAUGUAAACUACGUUAAUAUUAUAAAAAUAAUUUCCUUGCGUAUAGUUCCGCAGGCGGAAACAAGAGUCAGAAGACUGAUUAGGGACAACGGCGUCUAUAACCGACCCGAGAAGCAUUCAGAACCUUCUAGACCUCUUAGAGCCAAACUAGCUAGUGCCGACUCCGCAAAAACAAAUUUAGGAGAAAGCUCAAAGAAUGAAUUAAGUUCCAACGUGCUUAAAAUAAUCAAAAAAGGUCCAGCACCCUUGAAACCCGACUUGGAACCAUCUGAGUCUAUUUUACCUCCAACUUUAAAACCAAAGGCUUUAGCAACAGUGAAGUUAAAGCGAGAGAAGCAUCUGAAUAACAAUAGUGUUUGGACAAAUGCGAACAUAUUAAAGGAGAAAAAGUAUUCAUUCCUUAAUGUGCGAGGACCAAGUCAAGGGAAGCAAGAAACAGCCCUCAAGGGCGCCCCGUCUGUCUCCAGCCUAGAUUCGAAACAUCACAAAGUAGCACCGGCGAGAGAGAAGACUAUCAAGAUAUUCGGAUCCAAAGAGAAGUUGAACAAGGCGCACAAAAAGAAAGAUUUGGGUAAUAACAAUGCUGUACUAGAAGACCCCGAGUUGCGGGAAGGCUUGGAAGGGUAUGAGGAUGGGCAUAUCAGGACUCAUGAGUACGGUAGCUCUGAGGAACUGGGGACGGGUUCCGUAGACGGGAGAGGGUCACAAGAGUGUAUCAGCCUGCCAGUGAUGUUGAACGCAGAUCACAUGUCUGGCUUCCAGGAGGUCGAAUUGCGGACCAGGAUACCGUCAGAGGCGUCUUUAACAUCGGGAGUGCGAGAGCUGGAAUCUCUUCGCCGAGAUCUGGAGACGGUGACGAUGGAACGCGUGCAGCUGCAAGCCCGCGUGGACGAGCUGUUGGAGCGGGCCAACGAGGCUGACAGACUUCGGGCUGAACUUGAACGUAUUAAGAACCAAGAAGCCGAGCGGAACUCAGCUCUAGAGCGUUUGGCUGACGAGAACGGUGCUCUGCGAGCGAGACUGAGGGGUGUGGCGCAUUCACCGCUGUCUGAUAGCGAGAAGAGACAGCUGCUGCUGGCACCAACACCGAGGAGAAUGCACUCAUCUGCACCAGCCUCCAUCGCACUCGCGCAUAAUGGCGAGGGUGAUAGCGGAGAAGCGAGCACUCCAGAGUGGGAUAAACACUCUUCGUCGUCUCUGAGCGAGGUGUCGGUGGCUUGUCUGCAGGACCGUAUACUGCAGAUGGAGGAACAUCACUACAGCACGAGUGAGGAAUUACAGGCGACUUUGGCCGAACUGGCCGACCUGCAGUCACAGCUGGCCGACGCUCACGCCGACAACGAACGACUCUCCGAUGAGAAGCAAGUGUUACUGGAGUCACUCUGCCGUCAGACUGAGAAACUAGAGGACAGUCGAACUAAGGUGGACACACUACAGGAGCUGUUGAUGCGUGAGGGUGUGGAGCCGGAGACUGUCGUCUCUGGGGAUCCGGACCAACAGUUACUGGCUGUGUUAAAGGUAUCUCAAGAGGAACGUCGUCUGUUACUGACGAAGCAAGAGCAACUGGAAGCCGAUCUGACCGAGUCGAAGGCAGCGCUGGAGGAGAAAACUAAAGAAAUAGAAACACUGUCUGAAAGAAUAAGGUCUCUGGAGUGUAGUGUGGAGCGUGCGGAGUCUGAGCGUGCUAGGUGGGAGCAGGAGGCGGGCGCGGCGAGGGAUGCUGCGGCCGCGAGACAACAUCAGGUGACCACGCUCGGGGAACUACUGGCCGCUGCGCAGGCUCAGGGCGCUGCGGCGGCGGAGUGCGCGGCGGCGGCGGCGGCUCGGCGUGACGCGGACGCUGCGGCGGCGCGUGCUCACACACUCGCAGAGAGACUAGCUCAUGCACAGAGGCAACUGGACCGAGCACACUCGGACGCUCGCAAGCUACACGAUGAUGCACUCGUGUCUCGUAACAAUGCCAAGUCGACGAUCUCUGAGCUUGAGUUCCAGCUAGAGCAGGCUCGUCAGGAGAAAACGGCCCUUCAGACUGAGCUGAGGACCAUGCAGGAGAACUGUGCUGAGCUGCAGAUACAAGUUCAGGUAGCCUCUGAUGAAAAGUUGUCCCUGAUGAGUCGUGCGGGAGAAUCAUUGGCGCGCGCUGCGGACCUCGAGAGGCAGCUCGCUGAUACACGCGCCAGGCUCGCUACUAUAACAAGAGAUAGGGAUAGAGAUGAAGCUGAAUGGAAGCAAUACCAAAGUGACUUAUUGAUGACGGUUCGAGUAGCUAACGACUUCAAAACAGAAGCCCAGAGAGAGGUGGAGCGACUUGUAUCUGAGAAUAAGAUCGCCAGGGAUCGUAUACGACUACUCGAAGAUCAGAUACAUUCGCUUAAAGGUGUUGACAGACAAGAAUCUAAGGAUAGCGCACAAAAUUCGAACGACGGAAAAACAUUAUCAACGGACACUGAGAGUUUGGACUCGCAUAGCGAUAGUUCUAAAGAUGUGUUUAAAAAUAUAAGGACGAGGUACUUGUCCAGAGUUCAUAGCGUUAAUGAACUGAAAGAUGUAAGUCUUGUUGAUCAAGCGUUCUUCAAAGUUAACGUUCCGAAGGAGUUCAAAGUUGAUAUCGAUAAUGUUACUACUGAUGAGACUAACGAUGAUGAUUAUAGAACGAAUCUUGAGAAAUCAGAUUCACUUCCAGAAAUCAGACCUAAUGAACGAAAGUUAAAAAGACAGGAUGCUAUUUAUAUUUCCAAUAGAAAACUUAGUCGACAAAACGCCUUUGAUGAUCUCAUUAGUCCAAAGAAAGAUAAAUUAAAAUGCAAUUCGGAAUCUAGUAAUUUAAUACCAUUAGGACGAAAUAUUUUUAAUAGGGAUCGAUCUGAAUUACUUAACGGUAAACCAAAAUCGUACAGUACAGAUAAUCUUAACAAAGACGUUGAAUUCAAAAACGCUUUAAAAGAGGCUACUAGUAUAGAGUUUUUAUGCGAUACAUAUAACGUUAGCGAAAGUUCCUUGUUUAGUGAGGGGUCCAAUAAUGUAUUUUGGAAUAACGUAGAAAAAAAUAAUAACUUACCCGAAGUUAAAGAUAACGAAGAUAAUAAAACAAUAAACAUUUCCAAAGAAGAUGACGUAGAGAUAGAUGUCAACCCAAUACCCGUUGUGAAGGCAGCACGCAUUCUGCCAUAUCCUUAUCCUGACAAAGAAACAAAAGAAAACAAUCCUACCGUUAUCAACGAUCCGAUUGAACAUGACUUCAAAGCUGUUAGCGAAGAAUUGAAAUUUAAUUUCAAAGCGGCUUUAAACAGGUUAUCUGGCAAUAACGAUGACAUGAACCAAAUCAUUGAAGAAACGACAUCUCUAUCAAAUAUACCCAGUGCAAUUGAAAAACUUCCUGAGUCGUUUGAAGAAAAUAUGAGUCUACAAAAUACAGUCCCAAUCGUAACUUUAUCUACUUUCAAAGAAAAAGAUGAUGCUGUGACAAAACAAUCUCUAACAGAGUUACGUGACACUGAAUUGUAUCACGUUAAAGAAGAAUUAAAUAAUAAUUCUAUUAAUACAAUAACCAGUAAUGUAGAUAGUACAAUAGCUUUAAGUCAGUCAAAUGUAUUAUCAGAUGAUAAUUUAAAGAACACUUCUCAAGAUGAAACUACUGAUAAAUUGUUUGAAUCUUACAUAAAACCAAUAGAUAUUGAUACUGAAGAACAAUCGGUCUUAGAUCAAGCAACUACCAAAACAGCUAUCGACCAUAACGUCAGUUAUCAUUUAAAAAUAAAUACACUCACAGAUUUCGCAACUCCCGACCCAUCUAAAGACAAUUCAUUAAGUAAUGUGUCUAACAUUCAAACGAAUAAGGUGAAUAAUAGAGUAAAAACCAUUCUCACUCCAUUAAAUCUCAACGCGGAUAUACGGUCAACUAGUCCAAUUAUUAUUAGCCCAGUUUUAAUCCAACCAAUAUUUUUCAAACCAAAUUCUUUUAUACAACCCCAAGUUACCAAAGAGAAUAAAAAAGUUUACUAUGAUGAUAUUGACCAAGUAAUAAAUAACGGUAAAAUUAAUUCUAACCCUAAAGAAGGCGAAAAUAAAAGGGGUCUAUAUUUAAAAAAUACUAAAUCAAGACAUCUUCCUUUUCUUUCGGUAAAGAAAACGUUCUCUAACGAAAAUGUUGCUGAACCAAAAUCUCCUCCAACGAAAGGGCCGAUGUCACUUCCAAAGCCCGUCGCGAAGUUAUCCAAAACCCCAGAAUUCUUGGUCGAAAACCAAUAUUACCAGCCCAUUGAUAACCUGCCUUUCAUAAACUCAUCACAACCAUUAACGAACAAGGGAAGUGGACAGCAGAAAAAUAGAAACACCAAUCCGUUUAUUACCAAAAAUGAAUCGAGAACAGAAACAGAACAAGAAAAUUACUACGAAGAGAUCGGUCAACCGAUGACACCUGACCCACCCAAAAAUAUAGCUGACGACGACAAAUUAUCAAAGAAUUCAAAACCCGAUGAACUAUACUGCAUACCCCGCGAGGAGAUGCUGAAAGUGCCACGAAGACCGAGAAGAACGAAAACUUACGAGGCAAAAUCAUCUUCUGAUAAAAAAGGUGUCGUCAAAGAGAUGACCAAAUCGGUCAUAUCUUUGUCAAGGACACCGAGUGCGAAUGAAAACAGACCAAGCAGCACUGUUGGAGAAAUAGUGCAGAGCUUAGAGGCUCCACAAGUAGAGCUAAGGAACGCACCCAAGGUGCCGUUACGAAAGUUAUCGCUACAGAGUCAGAAUGUUCCCAAAAUGGAGUCAGAAACGGGGUCAUUGCCCCGCUACCAUUGGAAGACACUGGAGCACAAGCGUCUCUCGCAUCCAAUAAGAUCUCUAAACCAUUCGCCGUCCAGACCGCUGCCGCUUCCCCCUCGCUCCGAGGAGCCCCCGCAGACUCCACCGCUGCUAUCAAGCGCCUCGCUACAGGACAUCAUGGCCACCGCUGCCUCACAUAGACGUAGUAAAGGUGUUAGCCGCCAGGACUCCCGUCUGUCUGUGAAGUCGCUCAUCGAGAGUAUUGAGAACGCUGCAAAGGCAGCGAAGCAGUCGCCCGCAGCCACGCCCGCCGCUGACUGGCCGCAGGUGCAAACCACGGCGUGCACAACCACAACAACGAACACCAUCAAAAACGGUAUAACCGAGUCGUCCUCGAUAAACAACUUCUCAAAGCCGCCGGCACCUAGGAACAACAGACCGGCACCAAUUACAACCGAGGCGGCGGGGAGUGGCGCUAACUUGGCCAGUAUGGCCAACAUGGCCAGUAUGGCCAACACGGCCAACAUGCCGGACGAGCAGCUCGCCCUGGCAUCCCUGCAACAGAAGGCCAUGGAGUCAUUUGUGAGACGAAACAGCUACGGAGAUAUAUGCGAAAGAAAAGAUCCCUUGAACGCUCUGCAAGUGAAAAACGGCGGUUCUAAACGUAACGCGCUUCUGAAGUGGUGCCAACAGAAGACCAUGGGAUACAAUAAUAUCGAUAUUACUAAUUUCAGUUCUUCGUGGAAUGAUGGUUUGGCUCUGUGUGCGUUACUCCACUCGUACUUGGGUGAGACCGUUCCGUACAGCUCACUAACACCACAGGACAAACGUACCAAUUUCUCUGUGGCUUUCGCUGCGGCCGAAUCCGUGGGCAUACCGACGACACUAAAUAUCCAGGACAUGAUACAGCAGGAGAGGCCCGACUGGCAGCAGGUGAUGGCGUACGUCACCAGCAUAUACAAGCAUUUUGAAACUUAA